GCCGCCUAGGGCGGCGUGGAGGACCAGCGAUUCCUCCCCUGGGAAGGACCGGGUGCCUGAGAAGACUUGGGUUUCCGAAGCGAUACACGCCCACGCGAGGCGCAAGGGACCACUGACAUUGGUAAAUGCACUCCUGGAGCACAUCUGUCCUUCCAUUCCCAUCAAUCAGCAACACGAAGCUCUCCAUCUGGUGGGAAGAAGGCAAUCCAACUUCUCGAGUACUUCUCAAAGAAGUCAUAUAUUUCUCCCGUGAAGGCAUUAAAUUUCACACCCCUAGGAAACUACUACAGGCACUAACAGAAGAAAAACUUCCAUGAACUGAAGAAAGACUUGAUUUUUUUAGUUUAAAAGUGCAAAGUGGAUGCCAAGCAGGAAUUUUUUCCCAAAGACUCAAGAUCAACAUAGACCAGCUCGCGCCCACCGUCUGAACCGGGCGGGUAACUGCCCGGUAACAACGGAAAGUCCUUUGUUAGUCUGUGGUCUGACUUCGGUUGCAAUCUUGACAGCAGCAGUGAUCGCCGGACGAAGAGUAAGUAUCUCGAGUGAUUGGGCAAAAUGGCAAAUAUCAAAAUCUUCGGAGGCAGCUCCCAUCAGGACCUAUCCCAGAAAAUUGCCGACCGCCUGGGCCUGGAGCUAGGCAAGGUGGUGACCAAGAAAUUCAGCAACCAGGAGACCUGCGUGGAAAUUGGCGAGAGUGUGCAAGGAGAGGAUGUCUACGUAGUGCAGAGUGGUUGUGGCGAAAUCAAUGACAGUCUAAUGGAGCUUUUGAUCAUGAUUGAUGCCUGCAAGAUUGCUUCAGCCAGCCGGGUUACUGCGGUCAUCCCAUGCUUCCCUUAUGCCCGGCAGGAUAAGAAGGAUAAGAGCCGGGCCCCAAUAUCCGCCAAACUUGUUGCAAAUAUGCUGUCUGUAGCAGGUGCAGAUCAUAUCAUCACCAUGGACUUACAUGCUUCUCAAAUUCAGGGGUUUUUUGAUAUCCCCGUAGACAAUCUCUAUGCGGAGCCAGCUGUCCUGAAAUGGAUAAGGGAGAAUAUCUCUGAGUGGAGGAACUGCACUGUUGUCUCACCAGACGCUGGUGGAGCUGAGAGAGCGACCUCAAUUGCACACAGGUUGCAUGUGGCCUUUGCCUUGAUUCACAAAGAACGGAAGAAGGCCAAUGAAGUGGACCGUAUGGUGCUAGUGGGGGAUGUGAAGGAUCGUGUGGCCAUCCUUGUGGAUGACAUGGCUGAUACUUGUGGUACAAUCUGUCGUGCAGCUGACAAACUUCUCUCCGCUGGAGCCGCCAGAGUUUACGCGAUCUUGACUCACGGAAUCUUUUCUGGCCCGGCCCUUGCUCGCAUCAACAGUGCAUGCUUUGAAGCGGUGGUUGUCACCAAUACCAUACCUCAGGAGGAUAAGAUGAAACAUUGCUCCAAGAUACAGGCGAUCGACAUCUCCAUGAUCCUUGCGGAAGCCAUCAAGAGAACUCACAACGGAGAAUCUGUUUCCUACCUAUUCAGCCAUGUCCCUUUGUAAUAGAAUAACUAGGUUAUUCUGUUUUAAAAUAAGAUAAAAUAAAAAUAAAAAUAUGCCUUGCCCCUUG